CCAGCAAACGAACUUAGUUGAACAUGGAAAUUCGAUUUAAUAUAGGCCUUUCAUGAGUGCUCGGAUGAAAACAAAAAUAGGUUAAACGCAAUGUUUUAGUCUAGGUAGUAAUUAGAAAGGUUUCAGUUGUAUAUUAUUGACUCUUGUUACAUUUUGCAUUCUAGAUAUCGUGAACUUCAUCAGUGUCAAAUGAUCUUUUGCUAUUGGAAAUAUGAGCUCCCCGCUUUCCACGCUGAGGAAGAACAGACGAGUUCCCCUACCAGACAUUGAAAGCGAAGGGGAAAGGGAAAGGAAGCCUUAUAAAGAAAGGCCAGAAACUGACUAUGAUACUGCAUUAUUCAGAGAUAUGUUCCCAGAAAACCAGCCAGGUCCACACAUCAUAGACAAUCUUUCUACACUAAGAUCAAAGGUCAUGCAAAAGAAGAAGGCCAAACAAGCUUCUCCCCCGAGUGAUUUUGAACUGAUGUCGAGCAUGAUGCAGAAGAUCUGUCAGCUUGAGAAAAAGGUCAAAACUCAGGCUAUAGAUAUAGAGCACAGGGCACAAAGAAUUGCUGUUCUGGAAGAGAAACUAAGUCUUUUGCAAGAGGAAAAAGAGAAAUCUUUAAGUGACGGGAACCAAGAUGAAGGAGUGGUUGCAAUGUGCCUCAGACUUCAACAACAAGUCUAUGAAAUGGAGAGGUUUCUUAGUGAUUAUGGAAUGAUCUGGGUUGGAAGUGAAGAACAUGAUGUGCUGUAUCUUCAUGAGACUGAGCAAGCCAAGAAUUCAGCAGGAGUUCCUGUGCACAGGAGGUUUGAAAUGAACUAUGAUCUGGUCAUGCAGAACAUCCAAGAACUGAACAUCUUAGCAGGGGAAGGGGAGUCCCAUGUGACCGUCAUUCCUGGUGGGGCAAAACUCACACAACAGUCCUCCAUACCUCUAUGGCUCUACAAAAAUGGCAUUGUCAUGUUCAAUGGACCAUUUCGUUCAUACCAGGACCCAACCACACAGGAAUGCAUGCUAGAUUUGAUGGAUGGGUUUUUUCCUUCUGAGCUUCAGGAAAGGUUUCCUAAUGGUGUGCCUUUUCAGGUUCGUGACAAACGGGAUGAGGAGUUCAUUGUUCGGCAACUGUGGACUGAUUUUCCGGGAAAGGGACAAACUAUAGAUGGAGGAGGUGGUCAGUCAGCGGACAGUUCUGGACGGGCGAGAUCUAUAGCUCCAAAACAGACACAGAUAACAGGCCAAAAACUGUCCAUGGAACAGUUCCUCAGGAAGCUCCCAGAGACUGUGGUGAAGGCAGGGAAAGUGAUCAGUAUUCGGAACUCUGUAAAGGCCCAUCUACAGGGCUUCCCUGAUGGUGCCAAGAAUCAUUCGGCAACCAUUGUAGAAACACCUGUCCUGCAGGCCCUGAGGAAAAGUGAGGCAGACUCUUCGCUAGCAGCAAAAGACAUCACCACGCUCCGGGUGAAGUCAGAGGAUGGAGUGAAGAUGUUCAUCAUGAAAAUGAACUACACAGAGACCAUCGGAGAUCUGCGUCAUUACUUGGACAUGCAAAGAGGACCAGGUGCUGCGCCAUAUGACAUCAUUAGUGCAUUUCCACAGCAGUGCUACAGAGAUGACACCCUGACACUCCUGUCAUGUGGGCUGACUCGAAAUGCGGCACUGCUUCUGCGCCCACAAGCUUCAACUCACAGACAGCACGGAAAUGCAGAGGGCAAACCUUAACUAACUCUUGACAUUUUCACAGGUUAACAAGUGAGGCUCAGACACUCCUGUUCAGUUUAUGGACUCCAAAUUCACCACAGCCCAUUUGUGCCAUUCCAUAAAAAUGUAUUAUGUGUGUAUAUAUAUAUAUAUAUACACAUAUAUACACACACACACACAUACAAAUAUACAUGUAUGUGAGUGUGCGUGUUUGUGUGAUUCAGUGAAAAUUAUUACAGAAAGUGAUGAAUUAUGAAAUCUCUCAAAAUAAAUUAAGGGUGUCCUAAAAUGGAGUUUAAUUAAUCAAUCAAUUUGAUAAUAUAUUUGAUAUAAAAACAAUUCAAAAUAAUUCAAUAA